AUGCAGUCAUUGCAAUCCGCGGCCGAGUACUACGAUCUAGGUACAUUCCAUCGACCAGUCAGUACGGAGAGCAGCGACGCGCAGAAAUCGUUCGACCGUGGUCUCCUCUGGACGUACGCCUUCAAUCAUGAGGAAGCCAUUCGUUGUUACCAGCAGGUCAUCGCUCACGACCCCGCCUGCGCUAUGGGCUACUGGGGUAUUGCUUUUGCUAAGGCCCCAAAUUAUAACAAAAGUUGGUCCGCUUUCGAUGAGAAGGACUUGAAGAAUACAAUGGAGCUUGGUCACUAUAUGGGACAGGAAGCCCAAAAGCACCUGUCCUCGGCUUCCCCAGUGGAGAUUGCUCUGAUCGGAGCUAUCCAGCAUCGUUAUCCAUCUAGCAUACCCCCUAGCGACUUAAAGCCUUCGGUUCAGGCUUACUCCAAUGCCAUGAGACAGGUCUAUCAGAAGUUUGGGGACGGCGACUUAGAUAUCAUCACACUGGCCGCAGACGCCUUGAUGAACACCAGCUCCCGGUCUCUCUAUGACAAGAACACUGGAAAUCCAAAGCUCGACACGCCAGUUCUAGAGGUAAAAGCCAUGUUAGAAGGAGGCUUGGAAAACUCGGCUUCUAAGUAUCACACUGGAAUCUUGCAUAUGUAUAUUCAUUUGAUGGAGAUGUCUUCCACCCCAGAGGCAGCUCUGAUUGCCGCAGAUCACCUGCGCAACCUCGCACCAUAUGCCGAGUCACAUCGACGUGCUUCUACAUUCGCCGAUGACAAGUAUUUUGCCAAACAAGGGCCGUGUAAUUUUUACAGCCUAUACCGCCUCCAUGACUAUCAUUCCCUUGUUUACGCAAAAGCGAUGCUACUGAUGGAGUCACCCCCGAUGGCAGAUUGGUUGGAAUUCUUCAAGGCUGUUCGAAUACAUGCUCUCGUUCGAUUUGGUAUGUGGGACGCCUUGAAAAGACAACCUUUGCCGCAGAACAAAAAUUACGCUGUGGAACUGUGGCAAUGGCUCACUAUGGCAGGGCAAUCGCAGAUAAGGAGCGGCAACUCUUCCGCGACUCAGCAGAUCUUGUACCAGCCACGCGCAUUGAUCUUCCCGAACAAGGUGCGAGAUGUUCUAGGUGUUGCUGCUGCUAUGUUAGAUGGCGAAUUGGAAUAUCGGCGAGGCAACUUUGAAGCCGCUUUUGAUCACCUCAGGCUUGCUGUCUCUCGUGAUGAUAAUUUAGAACGUGCGUUCGCGGCACUUCUGUUAGAGCAGGGGCACGUCGAUAAAGCCGCAACAGCUAACGCAGAAGACCUUGGCUUGGACGACACUUUAGUUCGCGUCCACCAGCAUCCAAAUAAUGUCUGGGCUUUGAAGGGUUAUCAUGAAUGCCUUGUUCGCCUUGGACAUAACACUGAAGCAGUUCUCAUUAAGAAACAGCUUACUGUCGCGGCGGCCGUUGCAGACAUUCCAAUUAAUGUGUCAUGCUUCUGUAGACUUAGUGGACCUGAUGAGGAGGGAUGUUGUGUUACAGACAGUAAAGCCUGA